ACAUAUUUUCCCACACAUCCGAAAACUCACAAAAAAAAUCAUCGUCUCAACCCACCCGACCCUCCAUCGUUGUCUCGACACCGCGUAACCCGUCACCAUGUCGCACGAAUCGAUUUGGAACUCGCGUCCCAAGAACUACGGCAAAGCCUCGAUUGGCUGUGUCGUUACCGGCGAUAAGAAAAAGUCUGGUAUCAUUCGCAAGUACGGACUCAACAUGAGUCGUCAGGCUUUCCGCGAACAUGCCAAGGAUAUUGGCUUUGUCAAGUACCGAUGAACUGGCAUACAACGAUGACGACUCCGACUGGGCGAAAAGAUCAUGAAUAUCACGAUGAGAAAAGUUGGAGCAUAUGUUAUAUCGCUCAUGUAACUGAGGAUGUCACGAUGGGAAAAAUUAGAAGGAAUGUUACAUGAUUCAUGUAACUGGGCUGGCUACCCUACUAUCAGAUUCAUCUUCCGUCGCCCUAUACUGCUGAAUUACCCGUCUUCGUGAAGAUGUGAGCAAAUCUAGAAUUGGACGACA